AUGUUUAAGUUAAUUGGUAUCCGUGGAGGCUACGUGGUCCGCUGCAAGGACUACGCGUAUGCCACAUGGUCACAAAAGAAAGCCAUGAAAGAAAAGAAAAAGAAACCAGAAGAUUCAAGUGGAGUUUCCGAACUAAAUCCAUGGCCUGAAUAUAUUCAGAAGCGUAUCACUCUCUGGGACAAAUAUAAAUCACAAUAUGUAGAGGAAUUGGCUAAGAAACCAGAGUUGAGCAUUGUGGUUACGUUACCAGAUGGGAAGACAGUAGAAGCUAAGGCUUGGAAGACAUCACCAUACGAUGUUGCUAAAGGCAUCAGCCAAGGUUUGGCAGACGCCACCAUCAUAGCCAGGGUAAACAAUGAGUUAUGGGACUUAGAUAGACCUUUAGAAGGAGACUGCAAGUUAGAGCUGCUGCGAUGGGACAACACAGAUGCUCAAGCAGUCUUCUGGCAUUCUUCUGCACAUAUGCUGGGAGAGGCUAUGGAAAGGGUCUAUGGAGGAUGUCUGUGCUACGGGCCGCCCAUAGAUGAAGGAUUCUACUAUGACAUGUAUUAUCCAGAGAAAGGGAUUUCAUCCACGGAUUUCCAUGUACUAGAAGGUUUAGUAAAGAAAAUAAGCAAGGAGAAACAGCCAUUUGAACGACUUGAACUAACCAAAGAACAGCUGUUGGAGAUGUUUGACUACAACCCGUUCAAGGUGCGCAUUUUGAAGGAGAAGGUGAACACUCCGACCACUACGGUGUACCGGUGUGGGCCAUUGAUCGAUUUGUGCAGAGGUCCUCACGUCAGACAUACGGGCAAAGUCAAGGCUAUGAAGGUUACGAAGAAUUCCGCAACUUACUGGGAAGGCAAAGCUGACGCGGAGAGUCUUCAGCGCAUAUACGGAGUGUCCUUCCCUGAGCCCAAACAGCUGAAGGAGUGGGAGAUCAUACAGGAGGAGGCCGCGAAGAGAGAUCAUCGGAAGAUUGGUCGGGAGCAAGAGCUAUUUUUCUUCCACGAGCUGUCUCCAGGUUCGUGCUUCUUCCAGCCGCGUGGUGCUCACAUCUACAACACUUUGGUUAACUUUAUCAGGGAACAAUACAGGUUUCGAGGUUUUCAAGAAGUAGUAACGCCCAAUAUGUAUAACUCGAAGUUAUGGCAGACAUCAGGCCACUGGGCUCACUAUGCAGAUAAUAUGUUUUCUUUCGACGUGGAGAAGGAAACCUUUGCAGUGAAGCCUAUGAACUGUCCUGGACAUUGUCUACUGUUCGACGUCCGCACUCGCUCGUGGCGCGAGCUGCCGCUGCGGCUGGCGGACUUCGGCGUGCUGCACCGCAACGAGCUGAGCGGCGCGCUCACCGGCCUCACGCGCGUGCGCCGCUUCCAGCAGGACGACGCGCACAUCUUCUGCGCGCCGCACGACAUCGAGGCCGAGAUGGACGGAUGCCUGCAGUUUUUGGACCACGUAUAUUCCACGUUCGGCUUCACAUACCAACUGAAGCUAUCUACGAGACCAGAGAAGUUCCUCGGUGAUAUCGCUAAAUGGGAUCAGGCCGAGAAGGCUUUAGAGGACUCCUUAAACAAGUUCGGACGUCCUUGGCAGUUGAACCCUGGGGACGGCGCGUUCUACGGCCCCAAGAUCGACAUCGCCAUACAGGAUGCGCUGCGUCGGUCCCAUCAGUGCGCCACCAUACAAUUGGAUUUCCAGCUGCCUGAGAGAUUUAACCUUACUUAUGUUAGUGAAAGUGGUGAUAAGAAACGUCCAGUGAUAAUUCAUCGCGCGAUCCUGGGCUCCGUGGAGCGAAUGAUUGCAAUAUUGAGCGAGUCGUACGCUGGCAAGUGGCCUUUCUGGCUCAGUCCGAGACAGGUCUGUGUUGUUCCUGUUGGACCCAUGUUCGACGAAUACGCUGUACAGGUGAACGAGAAGUUAUUUGCAGCAGGAUUUAUGUCUGAAGUAGAUACAGACGCCGGAGACACACUCAACAAAAAAGUUAGAAAUGCACAGCUUGCACAAUUCAACUACAUCUUAGUGGUUGGCGAGCGUGAGCAGACGUCGGGCACCGUGAACGUGCGUACUCGCGACAACAAAGUGCACGGCGAGAUGUCGGUGCAAGCUCUGAUUGAUCAUCUCAACACUCUUGUUAAAGAAAAAACUCUCUCGGAAGACAGCGAGCUGCCCAAACAAUAG